UGAUAUUAUGGCAUCAACCUAUGACUUUGUAAUCGUUGGUAGUGGACCAGCAGGCAGUGCUGUCGCAGCCUGGCUCGCGAAGUCGGCAAAGAAGCCCAAGGUGUUGCUCCUCGAAGCCGGCGGUAAGAACGACGACAAAGACCUGCGUAUCGACGGGCAGCGGUGGACAACAUUCCGGAACGAGGCCCUGAACUGGGGCUACAAGACGGUGCCCCAGGAGUUCUGCAAUAACCGAGAGCUCGAUUACUCGCGAGGCUUAGGACUCGGCGGCUCAAGCGCUGUUAACUUCAGCGUAUUCACCGUGGGAGCAAGCCGCGACUACGACGAGUGGUCACGCAUCGUGGGGGACGAUGCGUUCAACUGGGCUCACAUGCAGCGCCGGUUCAAAAGUCUGGAGUCCUUCGACCGGACACUGCCGCCGGGAAUCGAUAGCCGGUAUGCUGCGCCGAAAGCCGAAGACCACGGCAGUUCGGGGCCUCUGAAGACGGGUUACGUGGCCGAGGCGGAGAAGGAUAUAGCGCCCCUACUUGAUGCCUUCGAAAAGGUGGGGUACCCCUUGAACCCGGACCACAACUCGGGUAACCCGAUCGGCUUCUCUCUUGGGAUCAACUCGUCUAGCAAGGGGGUCCGGUCUACGGCGGCGGACUUGUUCACGCUGGCCCCGGAAAAUUUAACAAUUAUUACUGAGUCUCCGGUCCAGCGGCUCAUACUGGAAGGAAAUAGGGCCGUUGGAGUUGAUUCGAAUGGCAAGCGUUACCUGGCUUCCAAGGAAGUUAUUCUCUCAGCAGGUUCAGCCAACGACCCGAAGAUCCUAAUGCACUCCGGUAUUGGCCCCAGAACACAGCUGGAAAAGUACGGGAUACCUGUAGUCAAAGAUGUCCCAGCAAUCGGCCAGGGCCUGCGUGAUCACAUGUUCAUUCCCCUAGCCUACACACGAGCCGAAGGGACCACGGACCGGGCCUCUUUUUACGGGGACAAGAAAGCCAUGGCCGACGCUCUGGAGCAGUGGAAGAAAGACGGUUCGGGUCCUUGGGCCAAGUAUGCUUGUCAAUUGCCCAUUGGGUGGUUCAAGCUAGACAAGCUCCUCGCAUCUCAGGAGUUCCAGGACCUACCUGCUAGCGAAAAGGACCUCAUCAACGACCCUACGGUGCCUCACUACGAGCUGCUAAGUCACUUCCCGCUCCACUGGUUUGUGCCAGACUUCCCCGACUCGGCCCUGAACUACUCAGCGCUCCUAGUCUUCCUAUUCAAUGCGCAGAGCCGCGGCGAGGUCACUCUCCAGUCGGCAGAUCCGGACGCAGCGCUGCGGAUAGACCCCAAGUUCCUAGCAACAGCGUUCGAUCGGCGUGCCGCUAUCGAGGGGCUGCGUGAUGUGCUGCGGUUCGUGCGGUCAGAGGGUUAUGCACGAGAUAACGUGUCGACGAUUACAGGGCCAGCAAGCGACUCGGACGCAGACUUACUUGAAUAUUGGCGCCAGACAAUAGGAUCAAGCUGGCACAUGACCGGCACCGUAAAGAUGGGCCGUCCUGGCUCUGCCGAUGCGGCCGUAGAUAACAAUUUUCGCCUUAUUGGUUUCGAGGGCCUACGCGUUGCAGAUAUGAGCGUAGUCCCUGUCCUCGCGAGCUGCCACGUCCAAUGUGUUGCUUAUCUCACCGGUAUAGCAUGUGCCGAAAAAUUAAUUUCCGAGUACGAUCUCGCAUAA